AUUCGAUCCGAAUCACUGACGUUAAGGAAGCUUGCAAACAGACCGAAGCCAUCUACGGAGCACUCGGGAUCCUGAUAUUUAUUUCACAGAAAAAAAGCUGAUAAAGUGACAAGGAUGAAAACCCUUCACGUCGCUUUACUGGUGGUUGGUGGUAUCGCAGUCGUUUGCGCCAUUGUGAUACCAUGUGCCAUACUUAUACCACAAAACAACACAAAAGCGCCUGCACCUGUCACCACAACCCCCGGAAAACCAGGAACAGAAGUUACUACAGAAGUAACUACCGCUGCUAAUUCUGAUACUACAACACAAGCGUCACCCGACACACGGCCUGUAUUUACGUUUGAUGAUAUUUACAACAACAAGUAUAACUACAAAAGUAUCUAUCCUUCAUGGGAUGAAAGUACACCAGACCAAAGCGAUUUUCUUUAUUUUGACGGAGGUAACGUCACUCGACGUGUGAUUCAAAACCCAUACGAUGACGUCGAGCAAGUUGCUCCAGACACCUUGUGUGUAAAAUACGGAGGCUGUCGAAGUUGGUCGGUUUCUGCAGACGCAAAAUUUGUUUUCUAUAUCUACAACUAUACCAAGGUGUGGCGUCAUUCCUAUUUAGCUGACUUUGCAAUAUGGGACGUGGUUAAGGCGGUUGAAGUCGAGGUCCCUGGAUUCCCAAAAGAUGCUCAAAUACAUUACAUGAAGUGGUCGCCAACAGGGCAUAAACUGGUAUACGUGCACCAAUUCAAUGUUAAAUUAAUCGAAGACGUGGGGGCCGCUACACCAACCAUCGUAGACGUUAGCCCAACCGAUGGAAUGAAAAAUAUUAAGUACUAUGGCAUCCCUGACUGGAUGUACGAAGAGGAAAUGGUUUCAACGAACAACGUGCUGUAUUGGAACACAGACUCAACGAAAAUCGCUUUUCUUGAGACUAAUACUUCCAAUGUUGAGUUGAUUAAAUACUCUUGGUAUGGCGACGCGCAAUAUCCGGAGACGAUAGAGAUCGCCUACCCGAAAGCAGGAACCACAAUUUCAACUGUGAAGAUGUGGGUGUACGAUAUUACCACUAAUAAACUUGACGAAUUGGCCGCUCCCGCCGAAUUCUCAACUCCUGGCACGUACUACUUCUCUCGUUUCACGUGGCAAGACCCAUCUAAUUGCUUGGUGUCGUGGACAAACCGUUUGCAAACCAAGAGCAUUGGCCACCUCUGCGUUAUGAGCGGUGCAGAUACUUCGUAUUCAUGUUCUUCGACUGCAGCCAACACGGAGGAGGUCGUUGGUGGUUGGGUUGGAAGUUUCGGUCCUUUCUAUCCAAAAUGGAUCACUGGUACUAACGAUUACGUCACCAUCUACGCAAGAGCAAACGACGGCGACGCUUCAGAUGGUUUCUGGCAGCUGGCAUACGUUGCUGAAGGUGCCGCCAACUUUGAAUGGAUAACCAAAACCAAAUACGACAUUACUGAAGUCACUUACUACGAUGCUACGAACAAAUACGUAUACUACACGGCCGCUUACAACGAAGCAAGACGUCGCCACAUCUUCCGUGUGUUGGCCACCGCACGCGACCAGGCAGCCCCAGAAUGCAUGACCUGUAAAUUGAUGGACACAUACCCCGACCGUUGUGGAUGGGUGACUCCGUCCUUCAACAACGAUGGCAGUGCAGUGGUCAUCAACUGCAGAGGAUACUGGAUCCCAAUGACUCUGUACAUUAACAUUGAUGCAACUGGAACCUGGCAAAGUGAAGUUUUAUUGGAAAACAACACCGAACUUUUCACGAAAGUUGAAUCAGUUAAGUGGCCGCGGAAAAUUUACGGAACGUUUGCGAGUUCGGAUUAUCCGACGAAACCUUACAACUACGAAAUGUGGGUACCUGCCGACUUCGACCCAACCAAGAAAUACCCUGUCCUACUAGAAGUAUAUGCUGGUCCAGAGUUCCAAAAGAUACAAGACGUUUGGCGGAAAGGUUUUGCCCAAACAUACAUGGUUAGUACACGUGAUGUGAUCGUUGUCAGUGUGGAUGGGAGAGGAUCAGCGUUUGAAGGGUACAAGUUCAUGCGACAAGUUUAUCUAAAACUUGGUCAAUACGAACCUGUCGAUCAAACUGCUUUCGUUCGUUACCUCAUUGAUACGUACGACUACGUUGAUGCAAGCCACGUUGCGCUGUGGGGUUGGUCAUAUGGCGGCUACACUACCUCUCACACUAUUGGUUACGAUGGUGGGAAGACGUUUCAAUGUGGGUUGGCCGUUGCACCGCUGGGUGACUGGACGUGGUAUGAUGCGAUGUACGCUGAGCGAUACAUGGGAAAUUUGACCACGAACGCCGACGGUUACGAGAAAGCUUCCAUAGUCCGCGGCCAUGAUCUCAACAACUUUAAAAAUGCUUGGUACACCCUCAUCCACGGGACAGCAGACGACAACGUUCAUUUCCAAAGUGCGGCCGAAAUGGAAAAGGCGCUUGUUGAACACGACGUAGAUUUUGACGAUUUCUUCUACGCCGACCAAGCUCAUUCCAUCAAUAUUGGAAACGCAAACAAACAUAUUUACCGACAGAUAGAUCUCCGGUUAUCUCACUGCUUGGGCAGAGUUGACACACAAUAUCCCUCGGGCUAAACUUAGGCUUAAAUUAAUUGUACAGAAGUGCAGAUAUUUUAUGGUUUAGGUCGAAAAUAUCUAGUGCAUACAUUUGUAAUCAAAACACCUUAUAUCAUCAACUAUGUUUAAUUACGUCACACUUUUCAUCGUGAAUAUACAAAGUAGGAUCGGAUCGAAGAAGUUUAAAGAUUUUGGCUGGGGGAAGAUGGGACACCUGUUCAUUCUGUUUUCGUCUUAAUUGUUAGUAAACAAAGAACAUUCUAAGAUUUAUAAAACCUUUUAUCUUCCUGACUUCCACAGACCGUUCCUAAUUGUUUAAACCAAGAUCAGGAUAUUUGAAUAUUACGUGCUAAAGGUGUCCCAUCUUACCCCAUAAUAUUAUACAAAGUUUUUUUGCGUAUAUACAUCUAAAUUAAUUUGAAAUUGAUUUUUAUUUCACGGGAUCGCUGGAAGUCCAUGUUACGAUACGUGUCGUUUUUACAGCAGCAACGCGGUAUCGUGGGGAUCGCCGAAUAACAAGCUGCAUUUUAACUUGUGUAUUCGUAAGCUAACCAGUUCGCAGGAUUGUUAAAUACGAGGAGAUAAAAUGUGAUUGACAGUCGGUUAUAGACUGCGACAUAUUUACAUUAGAAAUUGGAAUAUCUACAUGAAACUCACUUUAUAAUUCAGGUUAUUUAAUUUUAACAUUCACAAUAAGAAGAAUCAACAAACGCUUGAA